AUGGACUCUAAUUCUACUGAGGCAAAGCGGUUGCAGCGAUCGAAGGAGGCUGAGAAGCUGAGCACUUCGAAGUUCCCGAAAGAAAUGUCUUGCCUCACCUGCAUGGAUGAGCUGUUGGAGUGUUUCUCGUUAGGAGGCCAGAUUAGAAACUAUUACAGGUUCGGAGAACUGACGUCAUGCGAUAGGCAAAACGAGAAGCUUCUAUUUUGUCUGAGGAACAAAUAUCGGGUUGCCACUGAGGAAGAGAAGAAGACCGAGAUCCAGGCCUUUUUUCAUAGAAGACUAGUUGAAGAUAAGAAGAGGGGAUCUAGUGAGGAUGUGUGGGAUGUGAGGGUUAAGGAUUGA